GAUGAUAUAAUUAAAGAAUUAUCAGAGAAUUUUCUAAAAAUCAAACAUUCAGAAAUGAAUUCUCUUGCCACCUCUUGGUAUUGUUGUGAGAUAAAUGAAAUGUCCAUCGACAUUCUCAAAAACUAUUCUAUUCCCAGUCUCCAUGGAUCGAUGAAAUUGUAAUCAGGAUGUAAACUGUUGUUAUGUUUAGAAUAUCAUUCGUAUUAAUGUCAAUUUUGAAUUAAUUUUUGAGUUUAUUAAAUGAUCAUUUUAUCUAUAAAUGGAUUACACUAUCAAUUAAGAAUCCAAAUAUAGAAAUACUUCACUAAACAAUAUAACAUAACAAAGUAGUCAUGGAUGUGAGAGGCAUUGAAGUUACAAAUCAACUAAGGAGCGCAAUUAGAGCAAAACUGUUAGAACUAGGAGUUAAAUAUGAUGAAGAACUUCCUGAUUAUAUUUUAGUGAUGGUGGUAAAUAAGAAAAGUCGACAGCAAAUGCAUGAAGAUCUUCAUUUGUUUCUAGAAGAUAGUACAACGCCUUUUGUUGAUUGGCUUCAUGAUCAAGUGUUGAAAAAACUCCAGAAAGUAACGGUAGCUAAGAAAAAAGCUACGAGAGAAUUUGUUCCAACAGUAAUAGUGAAACAAGAAGAGGGAAAACGGAAAAAAAAAUCUGUCAGUGGUUUGGACGAUUUAAAGGUCAAGGAUGAGCCAAAUGAUGAUAAAUCGGGUGAGAAAACGGUUCUAAAUACAUCAAAAUCAUCUAAUAAUGAACAGGAAACCAUUCAAAAUAAUGUUACACUUGAAAAUAAUGAUAAUCCUGUUGGAACGUCUUCUAAUGAAGUGAGAUCAAGAUUAGCAAGUGGAAGUGAAAAUACGUCUUCCAGAUGGACAGAGAAAAAUGAUAGGCAUGGAGAGUCAAUGACGAAUAAUAAAAGAAGUUUAGACAAAGAUAAUGAAAUGAUAGAAAGAGCUGAGAAAAAAACCAAAUCUGCUGAGCAGUUGAAAGAAUUGAUAGAUGAUGAAUUGGUGAAUGAUGCCAGUGAUAAACGUUUAAAAUCAUGUAUCAAUAAACCAAAAAUUACUUCGGUAGUUUCUGUGAAAACGAGACUUGGUAUAACAUCAUCUAGAAAUAAAUUUGAGGUGUAUCGAGAGCGACAUGAAACGAAUGAUGAAUACCGAAAACAUGAAGAAGAACAUAAGAAACAAAUGGAUAAACGUACAGAAAGACGUUUGUACGAACCUGCAAAUCGGCGUGACUCGUUUAAAAGUAAAUAUAAUGGUGAAGAAGUACCCAAGAGGUUCAAAGAUGACAUCAAGAGUCGAUCAACUUCUGGAAAUGACAAUCGAAUGAAAUUAUCAAAUUUGAAUGAUUCCAAUAAUAGACGACUUAUGAUUACUGGAGUUAAAUCAAGACUUGAGAACUAUUCUAGUACUAUCAAAGAUCGUUUAGGGGUUAUUAAUAAACCUACAAACAAAGAGGUUGUUGAAGAUACUCAAAAAAAUGUUAAAAGACGCUUGGGACCAAUUAAAAGCAAAUUUAUAGCACUUGGACGUCUUGGAAUUAGUUCAGUUCAAAAUAAGUCUAGAAGUAAAAACGAUAAUUUCAAAGCUGAUGAAGCUGAAGAUGAUAAUAACGAUGAUGAUAAUGACGAUGAUGAUGAUGAUGAUGAUGAUGAUGAUGAUGAAGAGCUCAAUACUGGACCUGUUAAAUCACAUAUAAUUGCUAUAAAAAAUUUAUCACAUGAUAAAAAUGCAAGAAAAAUAGUGAAAAAUCCUAAAGAAACUGAAAAAGAUAAUAUUGAAGAAGAUGGAGAUGAAGAAGAAAAUAAUACUAAAGCAAUCCCUAGUAAAGUUAUUGUUACACCAAGACCUUUAAAACCUCUCCAACCAGCUCAAAAAAGAGCCACUCAAUCUCUUCUACUUCGUGCUGUUGCUGAAGCUAAUCAGUCUGUUGUUAGGCAGAAAAAUCCUGAGCCAUCAUUAAUGGAAAAAAAAACUGCUCCAAAACGAUUAAAACCGGCAACUGCUAAAUCAACAUCAAUUCAAAGCUUAGCCACUCAAUUAAAUAUAAAAAAUAGACUUGUAAUGGAAAAUAUUCAAGUGGAAUUAACUACUUCAGAGAAUGCAGAAGAUCAACCACAAUCAUAUACUUCCCAAAUAACAUCAGAUACCGAUGACCAUAUGGGUGUUGUUAUGUCACUAUUUCAGCGAGGAGAUAACAAUCAAAAAUUUUUAGUCACUCUAAAUGGAUACAACAAUAACAUAAUAAAGGAUAAAAAUUUUUCUGACGAUGAAGAGCAAUUGGGAAUGGAGGUAAACGAAGAAGAUCAGAGAAUUCUUUCUAAUUCUCGUAAUAACAAUUUUAAUUAUCUCGAAGGAUCGUCAGAGUUUGAAGAGAUUCAAAACCUUGUGAAGAAUGCAAGUCAUGAAAAUAAUGAAAACCAUUGCGAUAAUGUUACAAUGGUUAACGAAAUGCCAAGAAAAAAGAGGAAAUUAAGUCCUAUUGUUUAUACAAGGUCUCCGUCUCCAGAGCCAAUAAAAGAUUUAUAUAUAUCCCCAAUAUCAAAAUCAGAAAAAAGAGCAUUAAUAUCAUCGACAACUGCUGAUAAAUCUACUGAUAAAUGUAGAUAUUGGCCAAAUUGUACAUUAGGAAAUAAAUGUGCAUACAUUCAUCCUGCACUACCUUGCAGUGCUUUUCCGGCAUGUAAAUUUGGUGAUAAAUGUGCAUACAAACAUCCCAAAUGCAAGUUUGGUUUAUCAUGUACAAAGCUUGGAUGCAUUUUCUCACAUCCACCACAACAGUGCAAAUAUCAUCCAUUUUGCACGAAACCUGGUUGUACAUAUUUACAUCCUCAAAUUGCACCGGUUGUGCCUCUAGAAACCGGAAGAUCCAAAUUCACAUGGCGCCGACGUGAUUGAAAUCAGCUUCGUUAUCUUUUACCCAUUCUAUUUACAAUGUAUUUCAUUUUAUCUCAACAGAAGGAAAAAAUAACUACAACUGUUAGCGGUAAAUCAAUGAAUUUCUUUAAAUAAAAUGUACAAAUCUCUUGAAUAUUCGAUUAUUAUUUACGUCAAAUUUGUUAUAGUUAAAAUAUCUCAGAACUCUGAUCAACCUGAGAUCUAGGGUGUAAUUAUACUGAGGUAUCCAACUUUUCUGAAAUAAUAAUGAUUAUAAAAAUA